AUGUUUUUUUUUUGUAUUUUUACUAUUUAUGUUUUAUUGUUUAAAAAUGUCUUAUCAAAAUUAAACUUUCAAAAUGAGCAAUUGGCAAUCGACUUUUUUGAGUCUCAUAAAGGGCACACUGUUACUAAAGAAGAAAUAGUAGAUGGCAUAGAGAAGUCCUGGUUUGAAGUCACAAGCUAUCUGAUUAAUGAAUCAAUAAAACAAGGAAAUGACUUUAGCAAUGAUAUAAAAAUAGCAGUAAAUGAAAUGAAACAGAAGCUCGAUAAACUUUUGACAGCAUCCUAUUCCAUUAAAAAAAUAGACACGAUUAAUGCAUCAUUUCAAUGGGCCCAAUCACCAGAAUAUAUAUUUUUAAAUAUAAAAUUUUCUCAUCGAUGGAGUUCACCAGGUGCUCUAAAAGUGAAAGAUGAGCAAAUUGUUUCUGAAAAGAAUAAGUUUUUUUUUUCAGCUUAUAGUAAUGACCCAAAUACAGUAAAAAAAAAAUAUGUAGUUGAUAUUGACCUUCUUCAUGAUAUAAUUAAUUCGGAAACAAAAUAUAAUUUUGCUUCUGUUGGAAAAGUUGUAAUUACUUUAAAAAAAAAGGAAAAAAAAAUAUGGAACAGAUUAUUAUUAUCUAAGGAGAAAAAUCCCAAUUUGCAAGUUUGGUGGGACAUGAAAGAAAAAUACAACGAAAGUGUUUUAGAGUUUUUAAAAGAAGAGGAACAAAAAAGAAAAAACGAAAAAACAGAAAAAGGAAAUGAAAAUGACGAUGAAAAUGGUGAAGAUUACUUAUUAUAUGAUCAAUCUGAAAUCGAAGAUGAUGGACAAAAUACUAAAACUGAAAAGGAUAUGAUAAAUGAGGAUUUAUAA